AUGAACAAGUUGGGUCAGGAAAGAAAUUGUAAACAUUGUGGCAGGCAGCCUGAGACGUAUGAUGUGGAUUUGAGAGAGGUUACCUUUGAUAAAGAAAUUCCCUCCACUUUUUGGGAAGAGGAGGUAUCAAACGUCUCGAGCCACCCACCGCACAACAAUAUCAAUAUCAAUACCAAUAACAUCAGCAACAUGGAGAUCAAAGACUUGCAGAUUGAAAUUGCAGAAAAAGAUGAAGCUAAGAAGCAUCAAUUGGCUCCUAAAAGAAAAUCCAAUAAAGAUAGGCACACUAAAGUUGAAGGCAGAGGAAGGAGGAUUCGCAUGCCUGCACUCUGUGCUGCUAGGAUUUUCCAACUCACGCGCGAAUUGGGUCAUAAAUCUGAUGGAGAGACGAUCCAGUGGCUAUUACAGCAAGCGGAGCCCUCCAUAAUUGCUGCAACAGGCAAUGGAACAAUUCCGGCAUCGGCUUUAGCCGCAGCUGGACCUUCUGUUUCGCAACAGGGAAUCUCUGUUUCCGCUUGUUUGCAGCAAAACAUGGAUGGAAGUAUUAGUAAUAGUAGUAGUAGGACCAGUUGGCCUAUGGCCCAGUUGGCCACAACAGGGACAUGGCCCCCAUCUGCUCCUGAUGUCACUAAUUUUGGCCACAAUUUGGGAACUGAAAGUCUGCAAAAGAUUAGUUUCCCUGGAUUUGACCUCCCCUCCACCAAUUUGAGUUUUACAUCUAUGUUGGGUGCUACUAGCCUACCUGGGUUGGAGCUCGGAUUAUCACAAGAUGCUCAUAUGAAUUCUCAGUCUCUGAAUCAGAUUUACCAGCAGAUGGGGCAUUCAAGAAUGCACCAGCAGCAACAACCUUCUCCCGAGGAUGAUAAUUCUCAAGGAUCAGGACAGUAG